CGGGACAGGUCUCCAGUUCAGAGAGAGAGAGAGCAGAGCUUCAGCACACAGCCGUGUGAGUGAGAGAGAAAGAGAAAGAGAAAGAGAGAAAGAGAUAAAGAAAGAGAGACCCCACAGCAACAGACUUCUACAGAACUCCACUCCUGCGACCGCCACUCUUCUCCUCCGUCCGCACAGCCUCUCUACAGCGGAGCACCAGCUGCCUCCGCCCCGCCCUCCUCCACCACCACAACACCAGCGAGAAGACCGUCGUCCCGCGCGUUCGUCCUCCUCCUCCUCCACCACCACCGCCUCCACUUCCGCACCGCCAUGCCGAAGAGCACGUUUCUGAGGCUGCUGGCCCCGGGGAUGAUGAUCACGGUGCUGCUCCUGCUCCUGGCCCCGGGCCGGGCGGGGGCCCAGAGCCCGCGGGACCCCCGGAAGAAGGCGCCGGGGCCGGCGGCGGCGCCGAAGGCCAACGCCAAGGGCCAGUGCUGCGAGGACGUGCGGGCGCUGAAGGUGCAGGUGGCCAACCUGAGCAGCCUGCUGGAGGAGCUGGCGCGCGCGCAGGACGCCGCCGCGCGCCAGAUGCGGGACCUGGACGGCCGCAACCGCGUCCAGGAGGCCCGCGUGACCGAGGCCGAGAGCAAGUACUCCGAGAUCAACAACCGCGUGGACAUCAUCCAGCUGCAGGCCUCCCAGUCCCUCACCCAGACCUCCUCGGAUGCCAUCUAUGACUGCGCGUCGCUGUACAGCAGGAGCUACAAGAUCUCCGGGGAGUACAAGCUGCCAGCCGACGGGUUCCUGGGCACACCGGAGCUGGAGGUGUUCUGUGACAUGGAGAGCGACGGCGGCGGCUGGACGGUGAUCCAGCGGCGCAAGGUGGGCCUGACGUCCUUCGACCGCGACUGGAAGCAGUACAAGAAGGGCUUCGGGGCCGUGCGCGGGGACUUCUGGCUCGGCAACGACAACAUCUUCCGCCUGACCAGGCAGCCCACCGUGCUGCACAUCGAGCUGGAGGACUGGGAAGGCGAGGUUCGCCACGCGGAGUACAAGUACUUCACCCUCAGCAACGAGCUGAACAGCUACAAGCUGUUCAUCGCGGGCUACAGCGGCAACGCGGGCCAGGACUCGCUGCGCUACCACAACAACACCAACUUCAGCACCAAGAACAAGGACAACGACAAGUGCGUGGACGACUGCGCCCAGCUGCGCAAAGGAGGCUACUGGUACAACUGCUGCACCGACUCGAACCUGAACGGGGUGUUCUACCGCUACGGGGAGCACACCCGAAACAGCGACGGCAUCACCUGGUACGGCUGGCACGGGCCCAACUACUCCCUCAAGCGGGUGGAGAUGAAGAUCCGACCACAGAACUUUCAACCGUAGAGACUCUGGGGGGAAAAACUGGGGAGGACCCCCCUACCCGCCCUACCCCCCUCCCCCACCCCCACCCCAAUUACCCCAAACCCCACCCCUAACCGGCUCAACCAAAAAAAACACAAGCAAACCAAAAAAAAAUGGCACCUGCCUUUUCCAUAUCUGGGGAACACUCUAGUACAUAGCUUUGUUUAUUUUUGGGGGGGUUUUGUUUUUUUUGUGUGUGGAAUAUUUCUUAUGAUCAAAAUUGUGCUGUACUAUUGUUUGUUUGUAUAUUGUAGUUGAAUUUAAGUAUUUAUCUUUUUGGAAUAUGUUUGUAUACGCCUCUCAGAACACCAAAAAAAGGCCUUGCAGAAACCGGUGAGAAAUAACCAAUCAGGACUCAUCAGGUACCACAUAAACAACAACUACAGAACGCUGUCGGAAAGGGCGUGGCAUGUGAUGUAACAAUGUAAACGUGAUGCAAUAAUCCAAAGCCGCAAAUUCAACAUUACUAACUGACCAUAGCUUUGUUUAUGACUGAAAAGGGAACAACCACAAGGUUCUUUUUACAACCUGUCAGGAGUGGGAUUUUUUAAUUUUUAUUUAAGAUUUUAUUGUGAACACGCUAAAAUGCAAACUGUUUUGUCCGUCUAAUUUUGUCCUUUUGCGAUUUGUAAAAAAUGUGUACAGGUCUGUAUGGCAUUAUUCUGUUUCAAAUAAAACUUUGUAUUUUUAAAGAAA